AACUCGGGAUGACGUCAAUGAACUACCAAGUCAAGGAAGCUGGAAGUUUUUUAACAGUGCGGCCCCGUUUUUUGACGAGUUUUGUAACGUGCGAGUUAUAGAAAAGAAACCAAACGUACGAGUUAUAGAAAGAGAAACCGAGCGGUGGGUAACACUAUUAACUAUUUUUCUAAUAUUAUUUCAAGAAGGCUUUUUUUUUGUAGAUUUCUGAGCAAGUCUAAAGCAGGAGGACGGGCAGAGCGUAAAGUCGUCACACAUCAGUAACUAACGAUGUUCGCCUCAAGUCUGCUGGCUAAUUACUGCACCGAGCUCCAUGAUGGCCAAGCGCAAAAAGUGGACAAAUUCCUGCACCAUCUUCAGCUGUCAGAUGAGACUUUGAUGGAUGUGUCAAUAAGAUUUCGAAGAGAGAUGGACAAAGGCUUGUGCAGAGACACCAACCCCACAGCUGCUGUCAAGAUGCUGCCCACAUUUGUGCGCUCAACUCCUGAUGGAACAGAACAAGGUGAAUUCCUGGCCCUUGACCUUGGCGGAACCUACUUCCGAGUGCUUCUGGUCAAAGUUAUGGCUAAUGGAAAGCAAGAGGUGGAAAUGGAAAAUCAGAUUUAUGCCAUUCCUGAACACCUCAUGAAAGGCAAUGGGUCUGAGUUAUUUGACCACAUAGCUGAUUGUCUGUCUAAUUUCCUGGAAAAGAUGGGGAUAAAGGAUAAAAAACUGCCUCUGGGCUUCACCUUUUCUUUUCCCUGUCAGCAGACCAAGUUGGAUGAGAGUGUUUUGGUGUCCUGGACCAAAGGCUUCAAGUCAAGUGGUGUAGAGGGAAAGGAUGUGGUCAGCCUUCUGAGGAAAUCCAUCAAAAAACGAGGGGACUUUGACAUUGACAUUGUGGCAGUGAUCAAUGACACAGUGGGAGCCAUGAUGACCUGUGGCUACGAUGAUCAUCACUGUGAAAUUGGCCUCAUUGUAGGAACGGGGACCAAUGCCUGCUACAUGGAGCAGAUGAGGAACCUUGAUCUGCUGGAUGGUGACGAGGGGCGGAUGUGUGUUAAUACGGAGUGGGGUGCUUUUGGAGACGAUGGUGCCCUGGAGGACCUGCGCACUGACAUUGACCGGGAAAUAGAUGCAGGCUCUCUGAACCCUGGCAGGCAGCUGUUUGAGAAGAUGAUCAGUGGCAUGUACAUGGGGGAACUGGUCCGUCUCAUCCUGGUGAGAAUGGCCAAAGAGCAGCUGCUGUUCCAGGGCAAGACUACAGUAGAGCUUCUCACCACUGGAAGCUUCAACACCAGAUACAUCUAUGCCAUUGAGAAUGACAAAGACGAGGAAGGUCUGACAAGUGCUGAGAAGGUGCUUCGGGGCCUGGGUCUGGACCCAUCGGUUGAAGACUGCAUAACCACUCAGAGGGUGUGUCAGAUAGUAUCUACACGGGCCGCGCACUUGUGUGCUGCCACUCUAGCUGCAGUUCUGCGGCAGAUCCGGGAUAACAAAGCAGCCGAGAAGCUGCGUACUACUAUUGGAGUGGAUGGCUCUGUUUACAAGAAUCAUCCAGAGUUUCACAGGAGGCUCCAAAAGAUGGUACGGCGACUUGUGCCGGACUGUGAUGUGCGUUUCUUGCAGUCGCAGGACGGCAGUGGGAAGGGUGCUGCAAUGGUAACAGCAGUAGCUCACCGUCUUGCCGCUCAACAUUUGGAGCGUCAGCGCAUCCUUGACACCUUGCGUUUCAGCCGUGAACAGUUGCUGGAGGUGAAAAAGCGAAUGAGUGAGGAGAUGGUGCGAGGCCUGUCAAAGCAAACCCAUGAGCAGGCAAGCGUCAAGAUGCUUCCCACCUAUGUCAGAUCUACGCCAGAUGGAACAGAGCAUGGCGACUUCCUGGCUUUGGACCUCGGAGGCUCCAGCUUUCGGGUAUUGCUUGUGCGAGUGCGAAGUGGAAAGAGACACAAUGUGGACAUGCACCAGAAGAUCUACAGUAUCCCACAGGAGACCAUGCAAGGCACAGGGGAAGAGCUUUUCAGUCAUAUUGUGGACUGCAUCGCUGACUUUCUGGAGUACAUGGGCAUGAGAGGAGCAUCCUUACCUCUAGGAUUUACAUUCUCCUUCCCUUGUCAUCAAAGCAAACUGGAUCAGGGCAUUCUUCUGAAGUGGACAAAGGGUUUCAAAGCCAGCGGCUGUGAGGGACAAGAUGUCGUUACAUUACUUAAAGAUGCCGUCUACCGCAGACAGGAAUUUGACUUGAACUUUGUGGCUGUAGUUAAUGACACAGUGGGAACCAUGAUGACCUGCGGCUAUGAGGACCCCGAAUGUGAGGUGGGACUAAUCGUAGGCACAGGAACCAAUGCCUGCUACAUGGAGGAAAUACAUAACAUUGAAUUGGUGGAGGGUGAUGGCGGUCGUAUGUGUGUCAACAUGGAGUGGGGAGCAUUUGGUGACAAUGGUGAACUUGACGACUUCUGCACCCAGUUUGACCAUGUUGUCGACGAUUGCUCUAACAACCCCGGGAAACAGAGGUAUGAGAAGAUGAUCAGUGGCAUGUACCUGGGGGAGAUAGUGAGGAAUGUGCUAAUUGAUUUUACUACGAAAGGCCUGCUGUUCAGAGGCAAACUGUCCGAGCGACUCAAGACCCAUGGCAUCUUUGAGACAAAGUUCCUGUCACAGAUUGAAAAAGACCGCCUGGCCAUGCGACAGGUCCGCUCAAUUCUGCAGCACCUGGGCCUCACCACCUCCACAUGUGAUGACAGCGUACUGGUGAAGGAGGUGUGUAGCGUGGUUGCCCGCCGUGCAGCUCAGCUCUGUGGUGCUGGUUUAGCCGCUGUGGUCGACAAGAUGCGACAGAACCGGAACUUGAAUCAGCUCUCCAUCACCGUGGGAGUGGAUGGCACCCUUUAUAAGACACACCCUCAUUUUUCCAGCAUAAUGCAAGAAACAUUGCAGGAUUUGGCACCACAGUGUCAGGUGACAUUCCACAAGUCAGAGGAUGGAAGUGGGAAGGGGGCAGCACUGAUCACAGCCGUGGCCUGCAGGAUCAAGAGCGGGGGGCAGCAUUGAACACCCGAGACGAUGGUAGUGAGGUAGAACCAGAACUACUGCGGGGGAUUGUCUGUACUGGGUAACCAUGAAUAGUUACUUACACUCUGAUCUCAGUUUUCUUCUGUAGUACUGAAAUGUUUAAAUUGACUUAUUUUGUGUCUGUGGGUUCACAUGCUCAUAUGUGAAUGUAUGUGUUUGGUUUGUCUUUGGAAUACAUGAGCAUAUUUGUGGUGUGAGCUGACAUUGAGAAAGAGGGUGAUAAAUGACAAUGACAUUCUGAAAUUACAGCUCAGCUGGUGUUUUGGGAGGAGUUGUACCUUCUGUGAAAUAUGACUUAUGGGCUGUGGGACUCACCUCCCCCUAGUCUUUUGGUCCUAUUCUUUUUAGACUUGUUUGUUUUAUUUAUUCCUUCGCUUUUGUAUUACAUUCAUUUGCACUUUUUUUUUUUCAUUGUAUGAAGAAAACAAAUGACAAAUAUGUGAUAUCCAAUAGUUCUGCAAAUGUCUGUUUUGGUCUGUAGCUCCAGAGAGAAAUUAAAGAUAAUUGCUGAAUCAGAGUGAGGUACAUUUGUGAGAAUCAAUUCAAUGAUUUUUUUUUUUUUUAAACCAAUGCAAAAACAUCAUUUGUAUAAUCCCUACAAUCAGUCUUUCUUUAUGAAAAAAAUGUUUAAGGAGUUGUGUGCAAAUACCGUAAAUAUACCAUUACUGUAUCCAAUAGCAAAAUCUUUUUUUCCCUAGUGAUUACACCAUGUUUAUUUAUCUUAAAAUGAAUAUGAAUCUUUCCCGUGCUCUGAAACUUAAAUUAAGCUUUGCUUUUUGCUCCUUAAAGAACUUAUACUGUAUUUAUUGAAAUACAAUAGCCAACAGCAUUGUCUGCUUUUGCAUUUAGAUGAGCCCUAAUAAA